CCGGAAGUCGCGACUCCGGCCAUGGCUGACUCGCCGCUGUUCCAGGCGCUGCACAUGGAGAUGGCGCAUGCGCUGUGUGCGGAACAGGAGAAAGGUCUCGGUGCCCUGGAGGGAGUGGGUUUCCGAGUGGGCCAAGGACUCUCGGAGAGGUUGACAAAGGAGACUCCGUCAUUCAAGGAUGAGCUGGACGCCCUGAAAUUCCUCUGCAAGGAUCUGUGGAUAACCGUCUUCAAGAAGCAGGUGGAUAAUCUGCGCACCAACCAUCAGGGAACCUACAUGCUGCAAGACAAUCAAUUCCUCCUCCUAAGCCAGCUGUCCAAUGGGAAGCAGUACCUGGAGGAGGCACCCAAGUUUCUCGCCUUUACAUGUGGCCUUGUGAAAGGAGCUCUCUCCAACCUGGGCUUUGACAGCACUGUGACUGCCGAGGUGCCGGUGAUGCCGUCCAGUAAAUUUCAAGUGGUGAUUCAGAAAUCCUGACCUCUUGCUGGCGGCUGGGAACGGGUAGAAGAGAGGCAGUGGAGCAGGCUGCAGCCCUGUUUCAGUGGAGCUGGUUUCUGCUUUCUGGGUACCAGGAUGUCAUAGGUUUGCAAUAAAAUGUUUUUGAUUUCCAUUCGUCUAUGCUGCUCUCCCGGGUAACCAGCCAGCUUCCGUCAGAUGUGGGGCUGGCCUGGCAGCCUAAUGCUGGUGUUCCAGUCCUACCCCAUGGAAGUGAAUGAGCUCGAGCUAGAGGGGUGUGAAGAAUAUCCCUCCCUGUCAGACGUGCAGUAGCAGAAAAGUGGUGGCUGUGACCUGAGGCUUUGGGAGUGAUUCUCAGGUCUCUGGGUGAGCAGGGAUUCAUAGAUUCAU